AUGUCUGUAACUCCCCCAGGCGGUCAACGUACGCUGCAAAAGAGAAGACAAGCCCAAAAUGCUAAAGAUAAGCAGUUGAAGCAGACCCCUGCUUCCACAAGACAGGCGGGCCACGGUGGCUCUUCGAGUUCCAUCCUUAAGAUAUACACUGAUGAAGCAAACGGCUUGAGGGUUGAUCCUUUGGUGGUACUAUUCUUGGCGGUUGCUUUUAUCUUCUCCGUGGUUGCUCUGCAUGUCAUCGCUAAGGUCACUGGAAAGCUGUUCUAA